UGCGUCAAGAUGGCGCCCCCUGGUCCCAGGGGCACAGCCCAGGCACGCUAGCGAGGCUACGCACGCACGUAUUCGGGCGCGAAGGGUGGGGCACUGGCGCCAGACGUCGCCCCGCCCUCUGUGGUCGCUCCGCCCCCGGCCCCACUCCACCUUCCUCCCACCCCGCGAACCCGGAAGUGGAGGAGGAGGCGCGGCGGCGGCGGCGGCGGUGGCCAAGCAGGCAGAUACUGCCUGAGCCGUUCCCGGGAGCGUGUCUGGGUUUGGGGGCGGGAGACAGGCUGAGCCGCCUGGGCGGCCUGGCCUGUACGGGGCGGGGGAGGCCAUGGCCUCGGCUGAGUUGCAGGGGAAGUACCAGAAGCUGGCUCAGGAGUACUCGAAGCUUCGGGCUCAGAAUCAGGUUCUGAAAAAAGGUGUUGUGGAUGAACAAGCAAAUUCUGCAGCUUUAAAGGAGCAACUGAAAAUGAAGGAUCAGUCAUUGAGAAAACUACAACAGGAAAUGGACAGUUUGACAUUUCGAAAUCUGCAGCUUGCCAAGAGGGUAGAACUACUUCAAGAUGAACUAGCUCUAAGUGAACCACGAGGCAAGAAAAACAAGAAAAGUGGAGAAUCUUCUUCUCAGUUGAGUCAAGAGCAGAAGAGUGUCUUUGAUGAAGAUCUGCAAAAGAAGAUAGAAGAGAAUGAACGGUUGCAUAUACAAUUUUUUGAAGCUGAUGAGCAGCACAAGCAUGUGGAAGCAGAGCUGAGGAGUCGACUGGCCACUCUGGAGACAGAAGCAGCCCAGCACCAAGCUGUGGUUGAUGGUCUCACCCGGAAGUACAUGGAAACCAUUGAGAAGCUGCAGAACGACAAGGCUAAACUAGAAGUGAAAUCUCAGACUCUAGAAAAGGAAGCCAAGGAAUGUCGACUUCGAACGGAAGAAUGUCAGUUACAGUUAAAGACUCUUCAUGAAGAUUUGUCAGGUAGAUUAGAGGAAUCCUUAUCAAUCAUCAAUGAAAAAGUACCUUUUAAUGAUACAAAAUAUAGUCAGUACAACCCUCUCAACGUUCCACUCCACAAUAGGAGACACCAGCUGAAGAUGCGAGAUAUUGCUGGGCAGGCCCUGGCUUUUGUUCAGGAUCUUGUGACGGCUCUUCUAAACUUUCAUACCUACACAGAACAGAGGAUUCAAAUUUUUCCUGUUGAUUCUGCCAUUGACACUAUAUCUCCAUUGAAUCAGAAGUUCUCACAAUACCUUCAUGAAAAUGCGUCCUAUGUCCGCCCUCUUGAGGAAGGAAUGCUUCAUUUAUUUGAAAGUAUCACUGAGGAUACUGUGACUGUCUUGGAGACAACUGUGAAAUUGAAAAGUUUUUCAGAACACUUAACCUCCUACAUAUGUUUUCUUAGGAAGAUUCUUCCCUAUCAGUUAAAAAGUUUAGAAGAAGAAUGUGAAUCCUCUCUUUGCACAUCUGCGUUAAGAGCCAGGAAUCUAGAGCUGUCCCAGGACAUGAAAAAAAUGACAGCUGUGUUUGAGAAGCUGCAGACUUACAUAGCUCUUCUUGCCUUGCCAAGUACAGAGCCAGAUGGACUCCUUCGGACAAACUACAGUUCUGUGUUAACAAAUGUUGGUGCUGCUCUGCAUGGAUUUCAUGACGUUAUGAAAGAUAUUUCCAAACAUUAUAGUCAAAAAGCUACAAUAGAGCAUGAACUUCCAACAGCAACACAGAAGCUGAUAACAACUAAUGACUGUAUCCUGUCGUCAGUAGUGGCAUUAACAAAUGGAGCAGGAAAGAUUGCAUCCUUCUUCAGCAACAAUUUGGACUACUUCAUUGCUUCACUGAGCUAUGGACCUAAGGCAGCGAGUGGAUUCAUUAGUCCUCUUUCAGCUGAAUGCAUGCUACAGUAUAAGAAAAAAGCUGCUGCCUAUAUGAAGUCUUUGAGAAAGCCCCUCUUGGAGUCUGUGCCUUAUGAAGAAGCACUGGCAAACCGCCGCAUCCUUCUCAGCUCUACUGAAAGUCGAGAAGGCCUUGCACAGCAAGUUCAACAGAGUUUGGAAAAGAUUUCUAAACUGGAGCAGGAAAAAGAACAUUGGAUGUUGGAAGCACAGUUAGCCAAAAUCAAACUAGAGAAAGAAAACCAGCGAAUUGCAGAUAAGCUGAAGAGUACAGGUAGUGCCCAGCUGGUUGGGCUGGCCCAGGAAAAUGCUGCUGUGUCAGAUACUGCUGGCCAGGAUGAAGCCACAGCUAAGGCUGUGCUGGAGCCCAUUCAGAGCACCAGUCUAAUUGGGACUUUAACCAGGACAUCUGACAGUAAGGUUCCAGAUGUGGAAUCUCGUGAAGACUUAAUUAAAAAUCACUACAUGGCAAGGAUAGUGGAACUUACGUCUCAGUUGCAGCUGGCUGACAGUAAGUCAGUGCAUUUUUAUGCUGAGUGCCGAGCACUCUCUAAAAGACUGGCCUUGGCUGAAAAGUCUAAGGAAGCAUUGACAGAAGAAAUGAAACUUGCCAGUCAGAACAUCAGCAGACUUCAGGAUGAGCUGACAACUACCAAGAGGAGUUACGAGGAUCAGUUAAGUAUGAUGAGUGACCACCUGUGCAGCAUGAAUGAGACAUUAUCUAAACAGAGAGAAGAGAUUGACACACUAAAGAUGUCCAGUAAGGGGAAUUCUAAAAAGAACAAGAGUCGAUAGUUUUGAAAUAGCUGGUUGGCGACUGUUCUUUCCAGACCUGCUCCUGCUGCACAGAGCCACAGGGCUGAGACCGCGUCCAUGCUGGCUGCCUUCAGGAAGCUAAAGUAUUGUUGGACCUAGUAAACUAGUCAGUGUUGGAAACGGCCUUGAAAUAUUUAAAACAUAUUUGUAACCAGUGAGGCAAAUACAGAAGUUGAUGUCGGCAGUAAAUGGAAAACAAUACAUAUGUCAUGGAUAUUGUAGGUUUCCUUAUGCUGUUUUUACUGUGCACUUUUUAAAAUUAGGUUUUAAUUUCAGUAUGUAAGAACAACAAAUAUUUUGUAUACUUUCAAACUCAAUUAUAUGGUAAUCGAUUUGGUAUCUAUGGAAUAGAUAUAUGUUUCUGGAAAAAAAUGCUUAAAUUGUCAAACUGUCAUUACUUCUUACUAUAGUUGAAGGCAUUCUCCAGAUUCUUUUUAAAAGAUUUGUUCAUAUUUCUCUCUCUCUCUUUAUUUUUCUCUCUCUCUCUCUCUUCUUUCUCUCUGAGGGGGAGGAAGCCCUCCAAACUUCAGUUCCUGUGGGUUUAAUAUCAUUAUCUUCAGCUCUUUGAUACCCUGUGUUAGAGUAACAGCUAAAGGAAGUUCAUGUCAAUAAAUUCAUACUUAUAUCACA